CAAUCCAAUUGCUUCUCAGAAAUCCUUUUCCCCCUCCCCCGAACAAUCGUAGAUCGAUUUCCUGUUUCAUUUCAGCAGCAGAGAUGGAUUUCCACAGCCUCGCAAGGAGAGAAUUGCAAGCUCUUUGCAAGAAGAACAAGAUCCCAGCUAACUUGACCAAUGUUGCCAUGGCUGAUGCUCUUCAAUCUCUUGAAUUUGUUGAUGGUAUUGAAGAGGUCUUGAAAACAUGUGAAUCUGACGUUGCCAACCCAUCCAUGGAAUCCCCUGGAAAGUCAGAAGCAUUAGCAAGUGUACCUCGGACUGGUCGCCGAACUACACAACGAAAGACAAUCAAACAUGACUCAGAAACUUUGCAGACCACGACAAGGAGUCACUGCAGAACAAGAGGAACAGUGGUAAGAGACGUUGAUGAAGCCAAAAAUGAUAUGAUGGAGACUCCUGCAUUGCCAAUUACCAGAAGGAGGGCUGCAACAACUUCAGUUCGUGCUAAGCUGGAAUCUGCAAUGAAGGAAUGUGAACCAAAAGAGGAAAUUGUGGAUCAGGUUGAGGAAGAAAGGAAAGAUGUUCCAAAGACACCAGCAGCUGCUCUCACUAGCCAAAGAAAGGAAGUGAAGGCAAAGAGUUCAGUUAGGCAAGUGUACAGCACUCGCCGAUCAGUGAGGUUAGCUGGGAAACCUAUGCAGGAAUCAAGCACACAAGAGGAUGAAAAGUCAGGAACCCUUACGUUUGAUGCAGUUUCUGAAGAAACUGAUGAAAGUUUGGAGGUGAACUCUGAGCUGCAUUCUGCUCACAAGUCUGAAGAAUUAGACAAAAAUGGUAUUGAUUUGAAAUCAUCCGAGAGUUUGGACAUGAAGAACGAAUCAGACACCGUGUCAGUUCAAGAUUCAAAUACCUUGGUACAAAAUAAAAUAGACAUGGAAGAUGGUGUUCAACAAGACAGUGCUAAUGAUCUGGAAGUUGUUGUCUUAGAUACAAAAGCAAAAGAGGGCUCAGAGGAAGUAGCACUGGGCUGCAAUAAUGAUGGAUCUGGAGAAGAAUCCAUGGAAGAAUCUGAAAUUGUUGGCGAGGCUAAAGAAGAAAUAGAUUUUCAGAACAAAAGCCAGAACUUGGGUGAUGAUACCAAGAGUAAUUCAGAUAUCACAAAGCAGCCUAAUGGACAGGAUGAGCCCCAUGGUGAUACAUCUGAUUUUAUGGCAGAAAAUGAUGGGGAGGAAGAAGGUCAUUUUGAUUCUGAUGUUGCAGGAAAACCAGAGUUGAUUGGAGAACAACCUGUAGCUGUAAGUGUCAAUCCAGACGCUAAGAUAGAUUUUCACGAGGUGAAUUUGUUUGAGCAAUCCAAUGGUGAGGAAGAGGCUAAGAUGCGUGCAAGUCAGCAGAAGUGUGUGACUAACAUGCAAGCUAACAUAGAUUUUCUUGAGGUGAAUUUGUUCGAGCAAUUCAAUGGUGAGGUCCAGGCUAAGGUGAGUGGAAGUCAGCAGAAGUGUCUGACUAACAUGGAAGAUGCAGGAGAAGUUGCUGGAGAAGAAGAACCCAUGGAAGAAUAUGACUGUACUGAGGCUACCAUGGAUGCACCAGCUGAUUCUCUGGAACUUGCUGGACAAGAAGAAUCCAUGGAAGAAUAUGAUGUUGAUUGUUAUGAGGCUAACGUGGAUGCACCAGCUGAUGCUCUGGAAGUUGCUGGAGAAGAACAACCCAUGGAAGAAUUUGAUGUUGAUUGUACUGAGGCUAACGUGGUUGCACCAGGUGAUGCUCUGGAAGUUGCUGGAGAUGAUGAAUCCAUGGAGAGUGCAGCACACAGUCUUCCACCCUUGCCUCUCAUUUCUAAUGCUGCCCCAGAACCAGUCCUCACUUUGGCACUGGAUACUAUGCAAAAUCCUUCUGCCUUGACAAGCACAAAUUCAGAACUCAUCACUCAGACACCAGUUGAGAAUUCAUCAGCAGUGACAAGCAUAGGACAGAUGCUUGUUACAGAUAACAAGGAAAACUUGGUUUGUACGAAAGAAAACAAAGGCACUGCUGGCAAUAACUUGCAAAAUUUAAGCUUGAGGAAGCUUACAAAAAUGUUGAAAGAUUUAAAGAUCUCAAAAGAUCCUAGUGGAACGGAGGCAGUAAACUCAAGAUCAGCCUUGCAAAAAGUUCCAGAAAACCGCUUGACCAUUGAAAACGAAAAUUGAAGCUCAUAAUAGGGGCAGACCAUUCCGCCUGCCAUUAAGAUGGAAGAUUGAAGCUUUGCAAACCUUCUUGAUUUGCUACUUUUGAGACAUCAAAAUUUAUUAUCCCUGUUGUUUUUAUAUUCCUUCAGUUAUUUUUCAAUACUUGUAUGAAAAAACAAAAUUACUCAUAUGAUGAU